CACAGCCUCUGUUCAUGGGAUACCAUGCUAACCACUAGGCUACCGGCACCCCAAACAAGUGCAUAUUGACAUGUUUUACGCUUAAUGCGCCCAACCUUCAACAUCAAUCACAAUAAGUAAAACCUCCACUUUCAUGCAGCUGUUGGAGAUUAAUCAAAAUUCCUUUGACCGUUAUUGAACACAGUCCAUCAAUCAAUUAUCUUUGCUUUGGAAAUAAGAACUUUAUUUACUGUUAAAAUCUCUUUGGAUAUACUUUUAGUAAAGGCUUCUGAGACAUUACUCCGCUUCAAAACUGACGAGAUGAAAAACAACCACAGCAACAGAGAGAUCACAAACUACCACAAGAAACACAAAACUACAACUCAGAGAGCCAACAUGGCAACAACAGAUCAACACAGAAAGAAGCAGAACAGCCAUGAUGACACGACCUUUAAGUAAAAACAAGAGGGUCCAAAAGAAGUGUAGAUGCAACUUAAGAGACACCAAAAAACAUGGAAAUAAAUACUGAAAGCUGUCAAAGAUACAAAGAAACACUAAAUGUACCUGCGCUGCCCAAACACAGUUUUGUAUGAUUGUAUUGAUUGCUUUGUUAUUGGUCAAAAUCACAUCAACUCAUUCUGAUUAAUCAGCGAUAAAAAGAGAAGAGGAUUACAUAAAAUAAAAACCUCAAUCAAAUAUGAACCGGAAACAUUUCAAGCGUGAUUUUUAGAUGUUUUAAAUCAGGUUUUCCAGGUGAGUCGGGGUACUUUCAGGACCCUGAAACCUUCUGCUAGCAAACACAGUCAGAGGUGAAACUCUGGGAUUCUCGUACGUCAAUAUUUCUGUGUGUUCAGCGCUGGUUUGAGUUCAUCGACCCUAAAGACCGGCAGACCUCAGAGGAUCAGAUCAGGUUCGCAGAGACUGUCCACAUCACGGACACGAAGCGGACACACAGCUGAAGAGAAGAGACACAAAACACCUCAGACUUCACAUCCGGGAGAACGGUGUUCCGGGUUGUUCCAGGUGUUCCAGGUGUUCCAGGUGUCUGUGUGUUUGUCGGGGGGGACUUGAAGCAUCAUGGCGGUGGGCCUGCAGGUGGUGGGUCUGCUUCUGGGCGUGGUGUCCUGGUGUCUGCAGUCCAGCUGCACCUCCUCUCAGGUGUGGAAGGUGAGGAGUCAGGCCGAGUCAGUCAGCAGCAGUCAGUGGCAGUUUGAGGGUCUGUGGAUGAGCUGCGCCGCCACCUCUAUGGGCUCCAUUCAGUGCAUCAAGUUCAAGACGGUGCUCGGGCUGCCGGUCCACCUGCAGGCGUGCAGAGCUCUGAUGAUUCUGUCCCUGCUGGUCGGUCUGGCCUCCAUCAUCGUCUCUGUGCUCGGACUCAAGUGCACCAAGAUCGGCAGAACCUCUGAGCACGUCAAAGAGCAGAUCGCUCUGGCCGGAGGAAUCCUGUUCAUCCUGUCAGGUGUCUUCACUCUGAUCGCAGUGUCCUGGUACGCCGCCAGAGUCAUCCACGACUUCUACGACACGCUCUACGGAGGAGUCAGGUUCGAGCUGGGUACUGGUCUAUAUCUGGGCUGGGCUGCCUCCUGUCUGGCCAUACUGGGAGGAUCGAUGCUCUGCUGCUCCUGCAGGAGGACGUCCCCCGCCCCUCCUUCCCCACGACAGUUUUCAUACAACUUCACCAAGACAAGCCAGGGACAGAACAUCUACAGAGCAGCUCCGGCCUCCAACAGCGGCAGCUCCAAAGCUUACGUCUGAACACCGCAGUUUCAGAUCCUUCAACUUGUUUAGACAACAUUUUUUAACCACAUGAUUGGUAUUUCCUUAAGGCACAUGUGCUUUGAUUUCUCAUAAAUCUUUUGUACUCUUCAUGUCACAGUUGACAAAUAAAUAAAAACAUUAAAAAAAUGAAUUAUGAGAUUAACAAACUUUCCAAACCGUCUUUGUUUGUUCAUGUGAAGAUUAUCUGUGUUUUAUAAAUAAAUGUUUCAUUCAUCUGUGAGAGCUUUUCCUCUGUUCCUCUCUUUUCACAAAUUAUAUUCUAAGGAAGAAUGUGCGA